CGACCCGGUUCUCCCCGGCUGAGCUCCGGCCCCCGGCGCCGCCCGCCCGGCGGAGCAGCAGGAUCCUGCGGCGGGAGGGCAGUGAGGAGCCGAGACGGCGCCGGUUCGGGCUCCGCUCCAGCCCUGCGCAGGCGGCGCUGGGAGCGGGGCCGCCUGGCCGUGGGGCAGCGCCGGCCCGGAGCGAGAGAUGCCGCUCUUUGCUGCUCGUGGCAGCCGGGCAGGCAGAUAAACGCGGGCGGGCGCAGGCGUGUGCAUGGCAGAUGGGUCUGUGCUGGCGUCGCAGGGAGGGGCAGGAACGAUCUCCACGAAGCUCAGAGGAACCAGAGCAGCCUCGUGCCCCGGCCGUGCCUGCAGGGUGGCGGCAGAAAACAGUCCUGCUGAGGAUUGCAGCACUGAUGCCAUCUCUGGCUUCCUGGGCUGGUGUAAGAAGGUUGGUCUGGAGCUCAGCCCCAAGGUCUGUGUGAGCAGAGAAGGCACCGUAGCAGACUAUGGCAUGUUGGCCAGAGAGGACCUGCAGGUUGGAGAAGUCCUCUUCACCAUUCCAAGGGCAGCCCUCCUUUCCCAGCACACCACCUCCAUCCAGGCCCUCUUGGAGGAAGGCCAAGCAUCCUUGCAGAGUCAGUCUGGCUGGGUGCCUCUCCUCCUGUCCCUGCUGCAUGAGUACACAGCCAGAAACUCGUAUUGGCAGCCCUACCUCUCGCUUUGGCCUGACCUGAAGAGCUUGGAUCACCCCAUGUUCUGGCCUGAAGAAGAGAGAGUACAGCUGCUGCAGGGCACAGGCAUCCUAGAAGCAGUGGACAAAGACCUGGCCAACAUCCACCUGGAGUACACCUCCCUCAUCCUGCCUUUCAUGGAGUCCCACCCAGACAUCUUUGAUCCGAAGCUGCACACCUUGGAGCUAUACCAGAGACUGGUGGCAUUUGUCAUGGCCUAUAGCUUUCAGGAGCCUCUGGAUGAAGAUGAGGAUGAGAAGGAGCCCAACCCUCCAAUGAUGGUGCCAAUGGCUGACAUCUUGAAUCAUGUGGCCAGUAACAAUGCCAACCUGGAGCACUCCCCGGAGUGCCUGAGAAUGGUCAUGACACAGCCUGUCUGCAAAGGGCAAGAGAUCUUCAAUACAUAUGGGCAGAUGGCAAACUGGCAACUUGUGCAUAUGUAUGGCUUUGCUGAGCCAUACCCAGGCAACACCAACGAUACAGCUGACAUCCAGAUGGUGACAGUGCGCAAAGCAGCGUUGGAGCGUGCCAGAACAGCAGCGGAGCAGCAGCUGGUGUCGGAGCAGUGGGAUUUCCUCUGCCAGCUGGAGAUGGUGGGGGAGGAAGGUGCUUUUGUGAUUGGCUGGGAGGAGGUGUUAACUGAGGAAGAGUUGUCCAUGACCCUGAAGAAAAGAAACAUACGAAAUGCUGGCAGACUGCUACAGCUCUUCAUUUUUCUCAGCCCUCAGAAGUCUUGUUCCUUCACCUACCUGCAAACUGCUAAAAGCUGGAUUUCUCAUGGGACUGGCAGCAAGAUAUACAGCCUUGUCCCUCUGAUGAAGGGAAUUCAGUCCAGGCAUUCAAAGAUAGCAAAUAAUGACUGUAUAGCAGCUUUAUUCUACUUACUUCCCAGAGGAUGCAAGGCUAUAUCAAAAAAACAUCUGCCAGCAUCUGGUCUUCCUAUAUGCAGUAUAAGCAAAGGCAACUAAGUGGGCUGUGAACACUUAUUUCUUGUCACCAUAAAAAGGUGGCUCAUACAAGAAGGAAUGAGACUGGUGAAAUGUAGCAAGUCUGCCUUGAUGCAGCCAUACCUACUCUACAGAUCAGAAGAGUCAAAUCUUCAGAAUAGUAGUCAAAGCACUACUUUCUCAAAAGAACUGUCUCCAAAAUCCAGGAAAAUACCAAUACUUCAGGAUAGUCUACAUGGGUGGGUAUGUCCAUUCUUGUAAGGGCAAGACAUUAGCAUUGUUUCCAAGGGAGAAGGGAGGUGAGUAAAGAGAGUAUGCAGCACAUCAUUUUUUUAAGUUUCAGUAUAGGCAGUUCCUUCUUAUGCUGGCUGCUUCACUGACCUCUAGGCAUGCCUACACCAUGCUAUGUGAAACCAACUCUUAAAACAAGACCAAAAGAUAAAGCAUAAGCUAUCAGCUGUGUGAUGUUAAGCAGAACUGCUUCUUUUGAGAAUGAAACGUGCAAGACUGCCAAUGUCAGCAUUCUUGAAGAGAUAAACCAAGAGGAAGUAAACUAGCAUAAUACGUUGGUACAAACAGAUGGAAUGCUAGACAAGGAACACUAAUCCCAGGCUAUGCCUCCACUAGUUUAACUGGCUUGUCCGAAAGACCUCCUUGUUCUAGUAUUUGGUAACCAAGCAAGUCUGUUUGCUCUAGAUUUUCAUGAUAAAACCCCUCUUAGAUGUUAUUCUGGUGCAUCAAAUCCACCUUUUCAUAUCAGGACUCAUGAUAGUCAAAUUCUGAGGCUAAACAGGAUUAGAAUACAAGUGUUUUUAUCUCCUAGCAAACCCCAGACCUUAGAAAUGGACAAACCCAUUGUCCCACAAUAGGUACCUAGAAAUAAACCAAAUGAAUGCUUUGCCUUGGAACAAUCACAGCUAAUUCCAGCUAACUGCCAUUUCAGCUUAGUAUGUAAAUGACUGUGCUGCAGUAGCAUCUGUUUUGAGUCACAUCUAAGAGCCAUUAGAGCCACAAAACAUUGUUUUUAGCCUGAAUGAUCUGCCCCUACAAUGAGAUCUGCACACAGUCUUUGAGCUGUGCAAAGAUCCACUGACAUCAGUGAGCUCUGGAUAGGUGAAAGGACCUGUCUAUGUGGCUGCAAUUACAAGGCCAGAACCCUAUACUUAUGUUCAGUAUGUUAAAAAAUAUUUCAGCAUUGAUGGGGAAUGUAGUGGUGGAUGGCAACUUGGGCAGCAGCAACCACGAAAUGACUGAGUUCAGGAUCCUGAGCAAAGGAAGGAAGGAGAGAAGUCAAGUAAGGACCCUGGACUUCAGAAAAGCAGAUUUCGACUCACUCAGGGAACUGAUGGCAGGACUCUCUUGGAAGCCAGUCUGAGGGGGAAGGAGUCCAGGACAGCUGGUAGUAUUUUAAAGAAACCUUACUAGGGGUGCAGGAAUGAACCAUUCCAAUGUGCAGCAAGACUAACAAGUAUGGCAGAAGACGAGUUUAGCUUAGCAGCAAAUGCUUCAGUGAGCUAGAACAAAAAGGAAGCUUACAAGAAGUGGAAAACUUGAGACAAACAAGUAGGAAGGAGUAUUGCUCAGGAAUGCAGAGAUGAAAUCAGAAAGGCCAAAGCACAACUAGAGUUGCAGCUAGCAAGGGAUAUGAACUGUAACAAAAAGGGUUUCUACAAUUAUGUCAGUAACGAGAGAAAGAUCAGGGAAAGCGUGGGUUCCUAGUGACAGAGGAGGAAGAGGAUGAAGUACUCAAUGCCGUUUUCACUUCAGUCUUCACAGGCAAGGUCAGCUCCCAAACUACUGCACCUGGCAACACAGUUUGGGGAGGUGGACAGCCAAUAGUGGCAAAAGAACAGGUUAGGGCCUAUACAGAAAAGCUGGAUGUGUACAAGUCCAUGGGGCCAGACACAAUGCACCUGAGGGUACUGUAGGAGCUGGCUGAUGUGACCGCAGAGCCGCUAACCAUUAUCUUUGAAAACUUGUGGCAAUCAGAAGAGGUCCCAGAUGACUGGAAAAGAGCAAAUAUAGUGCCCACCUAAGAAAGGGAAGGAGGAAGAUGUGGGGAGCUGCACAUCAAUCAGCCUUGCCUCAGUCCCUGGAAAAAAUCAUGGAGCAGGUCUUCAAGAAAUCCAUUUCUACGCACUUGGAGAAGGUGAUUAGCAUAGAUCAGUCAGCAUGGAUUCACUAAGGGCAAGUCGUGCUUGACCAACCUAACUGCCUUCCAUGAGAUGACUGGCUCUGUGGAUGUGGGAAGAGAAGUGGACAUGAUAUACCUUGACUUCAGCCAGGCUUUUGAUGGUCUCCCACAAUGCUCUUGCAAGCUAGCUAAGGAAGUACAGGGUUGGAUGACUGGACUAAGGUGGAUAGAAAACUGGCUGGAUCAUUGGGUUCAAAGGGCAGCAAUCAAUGGCUCAAUGUCUGCUUGGCAGCUGGUAUAAAGUGGAAUGCCCCAGGGGUCAGUCCUGAGGCCAGUUUAUUCAAUAUCUUCACCAACAACCUGGAAGAUGGCAUGGAGUGCACCCUCAGCAAGUUGACAGACGGCACCAAGCUGGGAGGAGUAGUUGAUACACUGGAGGGCUGGGCUAUGAUUCAGAGAGACCCAGACACACUGGAGGACUGAACCAAAAGAAGUCUCAUAAGGUUCAGUAAGGAUAAGUGCAAAGUCCUGCACCUCAGGACAGAAGAAUCCCAUGCAUCAGUACAGGCUGGGAGACCAAAUGACUAAGCAACAGCUCUGCAGAAGAGGACCUGGGGUUACAGUGGACAAUAAAGCUGAAUAUGAGCCACAGUGUGCCCUUGUUGCCAAGAAGACUAACUGCAUACUGGGCUGCAUUAGUAGGAGCAUUGCCAGCAGAUCAAAGGAAGUGAUUAUUCCCCUCUAUUUGGCACUGGUGAAGCCACAUCUGGAGUACUGUGUCCAAUUCUGCGUCCCCCCUGCUCCAGAAAAGGAUGUAGACCCAUUGGAGAGUACAGUGGAGGGCAAUAAAAAUAGUUAAGGGGCUGGGGCAUAUGGCUUGAGGAGAGGCUGAGGGUCUGAAGCAAAGACAACUGAGGCAGGAUUUAAUAGCAGCCUUAAAACUACCUGAAGGCUGGUUCCUAAGAGGAAGGAGCUAAACUAUUCCCAAUGGUAGCAAAUAAUAGAACAAGGAGAAAGUGUCUCAAGUUGCAGCAAGGGAAGAUUAAGUUAGGUGUUAGGAAAAAUCCCUUGUCCCUCCCCCAGCCCCUCAGCAGCUUCCUAAUGGCUGCUGAAGGGCUGGGGAAGGGACGAGGUUCCCACACGCACCGCGUCAGCUUGAUGUUGCCGAUGUGGUGCAUGUCGGAAAAGGAGUAGCCAUGUGCCUCUCAGGACAGGAUGAGCCCAGCUGGAGCGGCAGGGGCUCAGCUGCACUUUCCCCCUAUCUGAGCCGGUCAGUCCCGAGCGGCACAUGGCUCCGCCACUGCCUCUGCUGGCUGGUGCCGACCCGGGCAGGUCUGUCCCAUCUGGAGCAGCAUGCAGCUGAAGCCAGAUUCCCACAUGCCGCUG